CAACAUGAUGCAGGUCAUCGUGUUCUGCUGUAGCAUUUUAUCCGUGCACCUUUUCCUAUGCACUUACUGUGUGCCGGUGUUUGAGGGCCGAACCGUCAAGCAGCUGCAGGGAUGGCCUCACAGUAACAGCAAUGUUGUUCUAAAGAAGAGGGGUAGACACAAGCAGGACACUCUGACCCAAGAAGACCAUUUAAAGUCUGUUCUGGUGUCCAGAAAUAAGACAGAGUUUUGGAAUCGUCCUCGCUGUGGAGUCCCAGACUAUCCCAAAGUAACACCGUUCAACGUGUCAGACCACAGCCUGAAGAUGAGCAGAAAGCAGCGUGGGAAAAGAUUUGCUCUGUUUGGAGGACGCUGGGACAAAACGGACCUCACUUACAGGAUUGUUCGUUUCCCCUGGCAGAUGAGUGAAGACAAAGUUCGGCUCAUCUUGGAGGAGGCCUUUGGGGUUUGGAGUGCAGUUACUCCUCUGAAGUUCAGAGAGGUCAUUAAUGAGAGAGCGGACAUCAUCAUUGACUUCAAUAGAUACUGGCAUGGUGAUGAGUUACCAUUUGACGGUCCUGGGGGAAUACUGGCCCACGCUUUUUUCCCGCGUACGCUGAAAGAGGGAGAAGUCCACUUUGACUAUGAUGAAGAUUGGACAGUCAGCAAUGGUGCUGGUACUGAUCUUCUCCAGGUUGCAGCUCAUGAGUUCGGCCAUGUUCUGGGCCUGCAGCACUCCUUGGUGCCCGAUGCUGUCAUGUGUCCCUUCUACAGUGAUUCCUACCCUCUGAAGCUCAGUGAGGACGACAAGAGGGGGAUCCAGUAUUUAUAUGGACCUCCUCUGUACACACCGCCUGAUAUAACAGAGACCAAUGAGAUCAAAACUGAACUGCCGGAUGCCUGCAGGACAAGCUUUGAUGCCGUGUCCAUGAUCAGAGGAGAGCUCUUCUUCUUCUGGUCUCGAUAUGUGUGGCGUAUCCGUGACAGGCGUCUUCAAGGUGGCUAUCCAGCCUUGUCUUCACGCCACUGGAGCGGUAUUCCUGACUACAUUGAUGCAGCAUAUGAAGACAGGACUGGCAACACCUGGUUCUUCCAAGGUGACAGUUACUGGGUGUUUGAUGCUGAGAGGAAGAUAUCCGGACCAGACUCUUUGGAGCGGCUGGGUCUUCCUGUAACAGACAUCGAGGCAGCUCUGAGAUGGGAGGAGGACCACACUGAGAAGGUUUACCUCUUCAAAUCCUCCUUUUACUGGUCCUUCAACGUUCAGGAGAAGCGGGUUAAGGAUCGCCAUCCUCACAGCAUACAUGAGUGGGCGGGACUGCCCAGCCACAUCAACGCAACUUUUCUGGACAGUUAUGGUUAUGCCAACUUCCUGAGUGGACUGUACUACUGGAAGUUUGAUCCAGUGGCGCUGAAGGUGCUAGAAGGCUACCCUCGUAGAAUCGGGAUGGAUUUCUUUGGUUGCUCUGAACCUGUAUAAAUACGUAAACUAAUUCCUAAAAUCAGAAUAAUCCAUUCAGUUAUUGUUGGAAUCAUGUCUCUUGUUUCAUUAAGAUGUAAAACCUUCACUACGGACAAAACAGUUUCCUCAUGUGCAGUCUGACCGUGGACAGUUGGGACUGAUCUGGUGUGGUACUGAUCCAAGCUGGUGAAGUUCUGCAGAACACUGAAGCAACAAGGUGCCAAAUGGUGUCAGCUGGACGAGUCCAAAUAGGAACACAGUUACACACAGGUUUCUUCACCAUCACCUCCUGAGCUUUUCUUCACCAUCACCUCCUGAGCUUUUCAUAGUUGGACAAUAGCAGUAGGGUCAGUAUUAAGUUUAUCUACUCUGCCUCGUUUUUUUACAGCCAGUGGAUGAAGACUCCAUGGUAUUCACGGACUCUGAGGAACCCUUGUUAGAAUCAGGAACUAACAGAAAAUCCUGAGCAUUAAAACAUUCUAAUUAUUCAGAGCGAUUCCAGUCCAGUUGUCCUGAUGUGAUUUGUUGAAAGACUUAGUUUGUGUUGAAUUUUAUGUGACACAAGAAAUAAGAAGUUACUGACAGUCAGUAUUAAUCAUCUAGAUGCUAAUCCCUGGUUCACACAGCCAGAUGUUUAUGCUGAUUUUUAACCAGAUCUUCCCCUUCUGACAAUUUUAAAGAUGCCCCAAUCAUCAUGAUGGUUCUAAAGAUAGUCUAAUGAGAUAUUCCUGCUGUGUUUGGUGUGAUUAGAGGGAUCUAGUCUGCUCGGAACCGGAACCGCUCCAACCUCCGCGGUAUUCAUCAGAUUAUCUUGGCCUAAUGGCCAAGUGCUUGGGGUGUUUCCUGAGCACAAGCAAGCACUCAGCCUGUUGAAUGCGACGUGUAGCCAAUCAGAAAUUUAUUUCAGUUGUAAUUAACCAGCAAAGCUCAAUAAAACACCAGAACAAUGUAAAUAUAAUGUAUAACGAUGUUUCCCAAGAAAACACACCAACUCUCAUCCUUAUCGUGGUGAAGCAGGUUGAGCCUCUGCUCACGCUGUCUCCACUCCUUUAACCAACACCUUUCUUUACGAAUGUUUUCCUCAUUUAAAAUGAGUCAACCAACUAUGUUUCUUGCUUCUUCCUCGUCAGCCAUGUUUAUUUACUCUGCAGAUUUCCAGUCUGACAUCUGAAGAUUCAUGAGUGGAAUCUGUUGGUGUGUUUUAGUGUGUUGUGCUUCCAUGGGGCUGGACAACACACACUGUAGGACCAAACCGGUUAUAUCUACGAUUCUUAUCGUCAUGUGUGGGGUCUCUCAGGGGUUGAAAAUCAACUGACCGUUUUAAUAUCUUUCCGUGUGAACCAGACAUACGUUUGAUCAUGCAAGGUGUUAUUUAAGGUUAAACCUCAGUCUUCUGAAAUUAAUCAGAGCUCAUAGUUUAACGUCAUAUAAAAGCUCUCAUUUUCAGUUGAAGUCCUUUUUACUCAGAUCUGUGGCUGAACAUUGGCAGGAUGUUCAUCAUGACUCAUUUUUCUCCUUGUAACAGAGAUUCUGCUUAAGUCCUAAAGGAGAGACAUUAUUUUUAUUUUAUUUUUGUUUUUAUAUUUAAGGUGAUUGAGUUUCUAAUCAGUGCAGGACGCUGAUGAUUGCUUAAACCAAUAAGACAUACUGGUACUAAACCAGUAAUCCAGUGUAGCUUUUACAGUUUUGGUUAUGGUUCUGUUCACUGUCAGCUUUUCCUGAUCUCUGUAUGAACUUUUAACAACAGAUACAGAAAACCAGGACUGGAUUCUUCCUGUUAGAACCAUUAUUAUAAAUUCUAGGAAAGCAUAGAUUAACACUGUGUUUAUGCUUCAGAUGAAGAUUAAAUGCAGAAGAGGGGAAUUAUUAGAAUAUUUUUGUAGCAUGGUUAAGCAGCAUUGUUAUUAAAAGCAACCAGCAGUUAAAUAAAUGUAUGAGAAUCUAUGCAGUUACAGCUUUAAGAUGGUUUUUAUCAUCUUUUAUUUUCACCUAAUAUCAUCAUUAUACUAGAAAACAUUUUGAUAAAAGGUAAAGUCUGUAUUCCUGCUCACCAGAUAAGCCAGUCCUGCAUAUGAAAUGUUCAAAACUCUUUCCAGAACAUGAUGCUUUCAUCAGGCAGACACGGAUUCUGUGUAACUUAUGGACGCUUCUACGCUAACAUGUUGCAACACAAGGGAAUGCAAUCGUUUUUCUUCAGCAAAAUCACAAUUUCUCCACCUUUAAGGUGACAUAAUCAUAUUCAACUGACCACUAAAACCUGUUAGACAUGAAAACAGAACAUAAAAUUGUUUUCACCCUUAAACUAAAAACUUUUCAACAUGUUUUGACUCAGUUUCAGCUUUUAGUCUUCUUCUCUUCACAGCUGCCAUCAGAUUCACUCAAUCUAAUGAUUGUGAAGCAAUGUCCUGGCAGGAUGUUCAGAUCAUUUGCUCAUUUGCAUUACUUUGCCUAAAGCUGUGGUUUGUUUAAAGGUAUCAGUCAGGAGAAUGGUAGAAAUAAACUCCACACCAGCUGAUAGCAUGGUGAAGACCGUCAUCAGUAAUGUAGAAAAUAUGGAACAACAUUAGAAUUAGAAAACUGGACAUUUCUCUAAAAUGUAUAUUAGGACAGGAUGGAAACGGGUCAGGAAGGUAGCUGGAUUCUCCAUAUGUCUGGACUGAGCAGCACAGUUGCAGGCCAGAAGCUUUUCUACCAAAAAAAGGUCCA